UAGAUGGAAGAACUUCACCUUGUCGCACAGCUUCCGGAAAAGAAAACUAAUGUAGAAAUGUGGAAUGUUUAGCGUUUUAAGCUAAUUUCCAUGAAACCACACGAUUAUUUACCCUGUCGUACAUCAAAAUAUGACUAGUCAAAGUGACCCCCUAAAGCGACUUCCAGAGGACGACCUUACGAGGUCACCAGAAGAAGUUUUUGAUAUUCUAGGCAAAUUGGGAGAAGGAUCCUAUGGCAGCGUUUACAAAGCGCUUCACAAGGAAUCGGGCCAGGUCCUGGCCAUCAAACAAGUGCCGGUGGACACAGAUCUGCAGGAGAUCAUCAAGGAGAUCUCCAUUAUGCAGCAGUGUGAUAGUGUCUUCAUAGUCAAGUACUAUGGCAGUUAUUUCAAGAACACAGACUUGUGGAUUGUGAUGGAGUAUUGUGGAGCUGGCUCAGUGUCAGACAUAAUGAGAUUACGCAAUAAAACAUUAACAGAGGAGGAGAUUGCUACAAUACUCUACGAUGCUCUGAAAGGCUUGGAGUACCUACAUUCCAGGAGGAAGAUCCACAGGGACAUCAAGGCAGGCAACAUCCUGCUGAACACGGAGGGCCACGCCAAACUGGCAGACUUUGGUGUGGCAGGACAGCUUACUGACACUAUGGCCAAAAGAAACACUGUGAUAGGGACACCAUACUGGAUGGCUCCUGAGGUGAUCCAGGAGAUCGGAUACGACUGUGUGGCAGACAUAUGGAGUUUAGGUAUUACUGCGCUGGAGAUGGCCGAGGGCAAACCACCUUAUGGUGACAUUCAUCCUAUGAGGGCAAUAUUCAUGAUCCCAACAAAACCACCCCCAUCAUUCCGAAACCCUGAUAAAUGGUCCCCAGAAUUCAUAGACUUUGUCUCGAAAUGUCUUGUCAAAAACCCAGAGCAAAGGGUCUCAGCAGCUGAACUCAUGCAGCAUGAGUUUAUUCAAAAUGCAAAACCACGAGAAGCAUUGCACAAAAUGAUUAACGACGCCAAAGAAAUCCAGGCAGCACAAAACAGCAUCAUUACCAACGGUGAUGAUUCGGAUGGAGAUGAUGAUGUUGAUCACGGGUCAACCAUGAAGAAAACCGAUGACUCAACCAUGAAAUCCUCAUCAGGAACCCUGAGUAAGAGUGAGAGUGGAACUGUUGUGGUAAACAGCGAGGCAAACACACUCGUCGAGUCCGAUCUCGGCACACUGGUCAUCAACGAGGACUCGGAGGAUGACUCAACCAUGAAACGAUGUGACACAAUAGUGAAAACUCCCCGUGACUCCGGCUACAAAAGCAGCAGUAGUAGUGCCAGGCAUGACACAGGAACUGAGGGCAAGGAGAAAUACCGACCGGCCUACCUCGACCACUUUGAGAAGAAGGAGCAGGACAAGGUGGCACCACCCAGGGCCCAGCCCCAGAUGGCCCCGCCCAUCAAACAUGUCACACCCCCUCACCAUUCCCAACGGUCUUUCAUUGAUGGAGAUUUUGAUUUCUUAAGAAAUUUGUCGUAUGAAGAACUUGAAUCAAGGCUAUCCGAUCUUGACCCAGAAAUGGAGAGAGAAAUUGAUGAAUUGCGAGCACGUUACCAAGCAAAGAGGCAACCCAUUUUGGAUGCAAUCGAUGCCAAGAAGAAAAGACAGAACAAUUUCUAAGGCUUGCGACAAAAGGAUCUCUUGCUUGAAUUUACAACCUGUGAUGUUGAACUACACAGACAGAUGGGUUUAACCAAUACACGGGGCUACAUCACGGUUGAUGGUGCUGAGAUAGCUAGUAUCUUUAAUGAAUUGUGAUAAACUUUAUUUUUCCUUCUCUUUUAAAAUUCUGAUAUACAUGUGUAUAUAAAAUUAUAUUAAAAAAAAAAGAUGGAAUAGAGAGUGAAAAAAUUUUAAAUUUUUUUAAAAAGUGGAUUUUUUUCUGACAUUGUUGAUUUUCUUGGUCUUGAUUUACAUGUAGUUAUUAGGAAAUUUGUUUGUUACAAUCUUCUCUUCUCAUGAUGACUAUUACCGAUUCAAAGCAUGUAUUGUUGAGUUAAAUUUGUGUGAUUGUCAGUGAAUUAUUUCAUUUGAUUCAGUGAACCUGAAGUCUCAGUAAAUGUACUGACAAUAGAUGCAUGUACCGUGUCUGGCGCAUGUACCUCUAUCUUCUUCUGUCCAGUCUGAAACAUGACCAGACCGUUGUUGAUUUCAGUAAACUUUUUUUUUUGUGGUGUGUUGAAUUAUAUAUGUAUUUGUUUGGUACUGACAUACAAUGUAUGGUUAAUUAAAACAUAAUUUGUUAGCAAAACAAAAAAAUAUAUAAUCAGUAGUGCUUCCUUUCUUGUUUAGUUUGUGGGAAAGGUUAAUUAAUUUAAAUUUUUUGUUGAAUAAUUAUUCAUCUAUAUGUGUAUGUCUUGUUACAUGUCCUUCUCUGUAGGAUUGAAUCCCACCCUUUUACAGCUGAAUUCUCCCUGUAGUGGGAGAGUGUUUACAAUAUGUCCAAUAUUGAGUUUCCUCAGUUUCAGGAAGUACCGGUAGUACAUGUAUGUCAUAAUGUCUCAAGCAUUAUGUAAUUUUAAGCAGUCACUGUAAUGAAAUAUGAUGUAAAUAUAAUUGGAUAGCAUGUACUACACUCAGAGAUUGUCACUGUUUUGUAUUUUUGAUUAACCCAGUUAUUUGUGUGGACUUGUAUUAGCUUGAAUGCUCUUGUAGAGUCUCUAUACUGUUGCCAAUUCUGAUAAACAAAAGUAUGUAUUUUUAAAAAGAAAUCAUCCACCAUCAUUUUGAAUCAUUGUGUCUGAUAUCAAUGAUAUCAUCAUCAUCAUUUAUGAUCUUUGUUUCAUUAGAAUAGAUACCUAUCAAUUGAUUUUUUUUAGGGCUGGGGUGGGUAUGUUGCAAAAAGAUAAGGGUUUUCUAGAACAAAGCUGUGAAUGGGGAUCAUGGGAUUGAAAUAAGACCCAAAUUUGUUAGUUCCAUCUGCCGACAAAUUAUUCUCAAUAACCAUUCAAAUGAAUUAUACUUUGCAUUGUAUGGUUAACAUUCAGAAUCUUCCAACUUUUCAUUGUGUUGCAUGUUAAAACUUGACUGGUAUACUCAGUAGCUGUUGUUAAGUUUGAUAUUAUGAUUUUAGUGUCAUCAGAAUUUAAGUAAUUAGUAAUCAGUUUCAUGAUUUUUUUUUUAACGGUGUUCUUCUAGUCCAUUUUACACCAGUACACUGCAUUGGAUCAUAAUUUCAUAUAUAUCCUCAUGUUCAUCAUGUGUUUAAAUGCCAUACAGGAAGAAACUUGAUAUAAUUGCAAUUUAAAUAAUGUCCCGAGGUAAUAUUCUUUUAGUUUUAUAGGGUCAGUGGUAAAUGAUUUUUUAAAAAAAUUUAAUGACUCUAAAACAAAAUGAGGUACAUUUUUUGGGUGGAACAUUACUGUACAGUCUUCUGACAGUUUAAUUUGGGUUUUUUUGUUUGUUAAUAAUGAUAUAUUUACCAAUUUGAUUUACCAAAAAAAAACCCAACAUAUUUCAUAAGGCACUUGGGUAAGAUUUAAAUGAAAAAGAAGUCUCAACAUAUUCAAUAGAACUGAGAUUUGUGCCAAUUUUUUUAAGAUAAUCGAAGAUUGAACUUUAUUCUUUGACCAUUUAUCAUUUAUUAUAUAAAAAGUGUGUUUCUUUUCAAGAAAACACACAAAGGUGCAAUAAUGUUAAAGAUAGGUUAGUUGUUUCAAUUUGUUGAUUUGUACUAGAUUUCAUGUUAAUGAUAGAUUCUUAAUAUAUCUCUUGUUCUGUUCCAUGGUUUGGGGGUAGAACAAAAGUUCAAAACUCUUAUGUUAUUGAAGGACAGAGAAUGAUGUGCUACUGUGAUUGUAAUAUCUUGUAAGAAAAUAAAGGAAAUAGAAAAAAGAAAAUAAACAAUAAACCUGCAAUCAUAUUAUGCAAAAAAAAAAUUAUCUAUAAAUAAUGAAAUUUUACACAUAAGAAUCAUGUAGAUUAUGUAUUAACUUUUGGGAAAUCUAAAUUUAUAUCUCAAGGAAUUAAUGUAUGAAUACACUUGUAAUUGAAUUUGUGUCAUUUUAAUAUGAAUUACCUGGUAUUUGUUACAUAAAUGAAUUGUACUCAAAUUUGUCUUGGCAACUCUGUUUCAUGUACAUUCACAAAUUGAAAAUCUUCACAUGUGCUCAUGCAUUGCAUAUCAUGAAAGGUGUACUUUGUUCUGAUGAAAUAAAGCUUAAGAUCUCUAAAAAA